UAAUUUGUUUAGAGCCGGCCCUAACAAAGAUACGAACAUCAAAGAUUCCGACAAUUCUGUCAUCAUAGCAAAAUACUUGACACAACUUGACAUGAAAGUACUCUUGUGGUCACUGAUAGUUUAGGUUGAAUGGUUUAGAUUUCGAAUAAAGAACAUUUUCUUAAGAAAUUUUCGAUGGAAUUAUUAGUAACUACAAGUGUAUAUAGUGUGGUGAUGGUGAGUCUUCGAUAAGAACUAUUUAGAUUAAUAAAUACAUACAUAUCAGUUCUCCAGAAAAAUAUCUGGACAUUACUCUGUAGCCAACAAUUCGUAAACGAUGACAAACGAAGUAUCAUUAAAUAUUUUAGAUUUAAAUUGUUGGGGCAUACCAUAUGUUUCUCAAAAUAGAAAAGCUCGUAUGGAAGCAAUUGGAGAGAAAUUUGCUGUUGAAAAUUAUGAUAUUAUUUGCUUACAAGAAGUAUGGUCUGUUAGAGAUUUUAAAAUGUUGAAAGCUAAAACACAAGAACAACUGGCUUAUUCACAUUAUUUUCAUAGUGGUGUCUUUGGAUCAGGAAUUUGUAUCUUAUCGCGAUAUCCUAUUCAAGAUGUAAUGUUUCACAAAUGGCCAAUGAAUGGUUAUGUGCACAAAAUACAUCACGGAGAUUGGUUUGGUGGAAAAGGUAUCGGACUUUGCAGACUUAAAGUUCACGAUAUGAAUAUUAAUAUUUAUAUUGCACAUUUACAUGCAGAAUACAGUAGAUAUAAUGAUGAGUAUGCAGCACAUAGAGUUUUACAAGCAUUUGAUACUGCCCAGUUUAUUAGGAUGACUUGUGGUGAUGCUGAUUCUGCGAUAUUAGCAGGUGACCUUAAUACAGAACCAGGAGAUUUAGCUUAUAGGCUCAUAUGUGGUGUUGCUGGUUUAACAGAUGCUUGCUCAAAUAAUUUAAGUAAUUCAGGGACCAACGAGUGUGCCAAUAACAGUUAUACUGGUUCAAAACUUGCAAGAAAAUUACCAGAAGGAAAACGUAUAGAUCACAUUUUGUACCUGGGUUCAAAGAAUUAUAAAAUAGAGGUGAUCAAUUUUGAACAUCCUUUCCCAAAACGUGUACCUCACAAAAAUUUUAGUUACUCUGAUCAUGAAGCUAUAAUGGCAAGUUUGAAGUUCAAUGUUGGCGAGUCUCAAAAAAUUAAUGUAGAUAUUAAAGACUCACUAAAAGAAGCUCUACAUACAUGUGAGACCUCAUUGAAGAAUAUUCGUCGUCAACGAUUGUGGUAUUUACUGUUUGGUUGUAUAUUAAUUGUACCACUCGUUUGGUCUAUGGGAUUGGAUUGUUCCAUUGCAUCUAUAGGCGCAAGCAUUGGGCUCAAUGUAGCCCGUAUAUUUUUAACUGGAAUACUAUGCUACACUUUAUUCAUGAGCACUAUAUGGAAUAGUGUAGAAAAGAAUGCUUUAACGGCCGGAUGCUUGGCAAUCCAAAUACAUUUAAGUAAUUGA